CUAAGGUGCCAGGGCGUCAAUGUUCUGCUUACCAUGUAAAUCUAGUUGAUAUUUAGUUUGUAUAAUAACGCAGACAGCGCCACGCCCCUUCCCACUUCUUCACGCAGAAAGAACAUUUCCCGCCAAAUCAAUCAUUGUUUGGGACCUACAGAAGUAUAAAGGCAUCAACAACUUGAGACAUGCUAUGAUUGUCAAAAAGGACUAAGCCAGCUUCCAGGCACUUUAGCAUUACCAAGUUCGAUAAAGGAUAAUAUUUAUUCAAUAAAAUCCUUCCUAAAAACUAGCUGUCGGAUUGGUACUUCAUUGGUUCCAAUUACAACAAAGUUAAUCAAAUUUUAUCAUCAGAAAACGGCUGGUCUCGUUUCGUAUACCUCAACGGUCGGUCUCGCUUUUCUUAACUCCCGGAGAAAAGCGAGAAUGCAAAACGAAACCGGUAAUGUAUCAACUACUGUAGCAGCAUCACCUUCAAACACUGAGCUGUGCAAGGAAUAUACAAAUGCAAUAUUUUUUGGUUUUGGAAUGUCUCCUUUUGCGAUGGUAGCAAUUCUAAUUAUAUCCCUAUUCGAGCGAAGACGAUACAAAUCUGAUAUUUGUUAUGGAAAACCCGGACUACCAUUGCCCAUUAAUUUUCUGGAUGGCACAUCUUACUCAGUUGCCAACGCAGCUGCAUUUGGGUGUACCUUGGAACAUAUCCUUGUUUAUCUGUUCUCUGGCAAAAUAUCAGUGAACAGAUGGUUGGUGGCUAUAGUGUUGUUCCUUCUGACUUUCCUAGCCGCAUUGGUGUUUUAUCCCAUUUUCGCUUGUUUGAAUUCACCAUCCAGAGUAUUCGGUUCUCUUGUAGGAUUUCUGUACACGUUCCUGUUAUUAUUAGUUUUGCUUGCAAGAGGCUAUUUAUGUGAAGAAUCUGGUUGGAAUUGGGCUCUUCACGCUGUUACACUUGUCAGUGAAAUCUACAUCAUGAUUUUGUUUGUCUAUCGAUUUGUCACAGCCAUCCUCAAAAAAUCGAAAUUUCACAAAGAACUCCUAGUAAAGAUUGACCAAGUAAUGCAUGUUAAGGAACUUCUGGUGGCACCCAAAUCAAAAAUAGAGGGGAACGAUAUCAAACAAAGAAUCAUUACGUAUUCAGAAACUGUUUUAGCAGAGGCAAAGCUAUGUUGUCUUCACAAGAGCCUGUAUCGGUGUACAACUCGAACUCUUGCUAUCAAUACCAUUGUUUUGCUUGUGUUUUACUCGAAUUUUCUAUUGACGUUUCAACUUGGAGAAAUAACGGAGAGUUCGUUAUCGAAAUGGGCGGCUCUUUACUCUACUCUCUCGUUAAAUGGUUGCGAACAGAUUAAAAUUUUAUCGGAAGUGAUCAGAGUGUCCUUGAUAGUCGGCAACAUUCUGUCUGCUGUUUAUCUAAUAACCAACAUGAUCCUUAUCUACCGGUCUCAGAGACAACAUCUUAUGAAAAGAUGGAGAGGGGACAAAUCUUUCAUUCCCACUCAAUGCAGACUUGAUCACUCAGAAAAACUGGUAAAAAAUCUUAUGUAUGCAGGGCACCAGGUUUCAUACCUUAUUGGAGGUUAUAUUUUUUUCCAGAUUUUGGUGUUUGUCUCAUGCCUCUUGUUAUCUUACUUUUGUAUUUUGCCAAUAAUGAAAAAGGUUCCAGAAGAGUUUUUGAUACCUCUGGAAUUUGUGUUACCUGGUGUGAUCUUUUUGUUUGUCCUGAGAUUCAUCCUUCGAUUCAUCAGCAGUCGUGUGUUCCUACAAAAUCAUUAUCUAAGUUCUGACAAUGGCAAGCACUGGGAAAGAGCAUUGGCUCUGGAUAACAGACGGGUAUACCAGAACUUGUCAUUCUUCCUGUUUUUCUACUAUAUCCUGACUGGGUUGUACCGAUGUAUAUUCCGUGUCAUGACUUCUAUCUGUAUAAAUACAUUCUACAUUGCACGUAUGGACAAACCAUUACUGAUUCCUGGAUUUGAGCGUUUUGACAUAGGAUAUAUGACUUAUCUUGGAUUCUUGGAGGUUGAGCUUCAUCAAUGUCACCCAGUAGUUGUGGUGUGCUGUGAUUUGCUUAUGAAAUCUGUGAAUCACUUAUCAUCAAACCAGGAAACAAGCUUGGAGUCCCCGAUGGAUGCACAUAAAAGAAAUAUAAUGUCCAAAAUUUACACACGAAAAGUGAGAAACAAGUGGCAAAAGAUGAAGACAUUGAUCUUAAACCAGAAUCUUUGUAAGGAAUCGAAAUCAAAUGUUUCUUUUCAACAGCCUCAGCAAGCCAAGUUAAAUUUAGUUCACUGAAAUGCUUACAAUAAAUAGUUUCUUUUUAAAAGUUUAAUUUGCUUAGCGAUUACUUAUUGUUUUAAUUUGUCAGAUGUAUUUGAGUUAUGGUUAAAAUGCAAUUCUA